AUGAUAAUGCCCAUUUACCAUGAGAUCAUAUUCCUGACAUCAGCAAAUUUGUGAAUCGGUGGAACGCAUUAAUAAUUAAUCAACAACCAUAUAUGGAGAAUAGACUUCAUAGACAAUUCUAGAGAGGAGAGAAUAAAAUUAACGACAACGGCGAGGCUACACUGAUGGACCGGCACAAGAAGCGGAAGAGAACAGAGAACGGCGUCGAUCGGAGCAGGCAUGAGAGAGAAAGCUCUGUGAAGGAGAACACCGCAGUAUCGAAGCCGCCGCCGCCAUCGGAGGCGGAGGUUAACGAGUUCUUCGCUAUCUUACGGAGGAUGAACGUAGCAGUGAAAUAUCUUCAGAAAAAUGCUCAGAUCGAUGAAGUAGAAGGUAGCCAUAAGAGAGUUGAUUUGGAUCUGAAUACUCUGCCGGAAAGUGGAGAUUAACGCCGACGAAGCUCCUAAGUGACCGAAUUUUAGACGGUGACGGUCCGUCUUGUACUCUGUACAGGUUAAGUACUUGCUCUUUAUAACUGACAACGAAUUUGCAAUCGCUUUUUUGGAGAAUUAUAGCGGCUACUAUUUUGUUAGGUUUUUAACUUUGUAACAAAAAACUCCAACAUGUUUAAAUUUGCAUCAAUAAAUUAUCUUUAGUAUUUUA